CGUUGGUGGUGUUCGUUGUGAGUUCCUUCCUCUCCCGAAACAGCACGUCCUCGUCUGCACACUUUGAACCGCUGGCGUUAAAAUAAGUAAAACACUCAUUCCAUAACUAUAAACCUACUUUUCGUUUCUACCGGGCACCAAUCUCCCCCACGGCUUCUUCCUGAGAGGACACGUCCGAGAGCCGACUUAAAAGACUCGAACUUAGCAUCCGGUUACAUCCGCCGGUGUGUCCUGAACACGAAACGAGCGCUCCCGGACUAACGCGGGAAACGCCGCUCAGUUGGUUGAGUGUUUUCACAGAGUAGCCGCCACGCUAAUCCACAUAUCCUCAGACAUUAUCGUUUCAAGCCGCGCAAAUGACCCAGUCCCACAGUGUUUAGCUGUGUGGUUCUGACUUGAGACCUUUAUUCAUCGACUGGACCCCUACCGACCGACUGUGCUGAGUCCGGACCGCCUGAAGUAGACCGGACAAGCCGUUUAUUAUAUGUCGGUCCUUGUUUGUGCCUGUAGCCACCGAGCAGCCUUUAGCUCUCACACAAAGAGGGCUCCAUAACUAGCCAAACAGCAGAGACCCGUCCUCUUCUUUUAUUCUGAACAUGGAUGCUUUUCAGAAGGUGGAGAAGAUAGGCGAGGGGACGUACGGAGUGGUUUAUAAAGCUAAGAACAAAGCCACCGGAGAAACUGUUGCCCUGAAGAAAAUCAGACUGGACACGGAAACGGAGGGAGUACCGAGCACUGCCAUCCGAGAGAUUUCCCUCCUUAAAGAACUCAGUCACCCAAACAUUGUCAAACUGCGAGAUGUCAUCCACACAGAGAACAAGCUCUACCUUGUUUUUGAGUUCCUUCAUCAGGAUCUCAAAAAGUUCAUGGACUCCUCCUCAGUCACUGGUAUCCCGCUGCCUUUGGUUAAGAGUUAUCUCUUCCAGCUCCUGCAAGGCCUGGCCUUCUGCCACUCUCACAGGGUUCUUCAUCGAGACCUGAAGCCCCAAAACCUCCUCAUCAAUGCCCAGGGGGAGAUCAAGCUUGCAGAUUUUGGUUUGGCAAGAGCCUUUGGGGUGCCUGUUCGCCCGUACACACAUGAGGUGGUCACUCUGUGGUACAGAGCACCGGAGAUUCUCCUGGGCUGUAAGUAUUACUCCACAGCUGUCGACAUCUGGAGUCUCGGGUGCAUCUUUGCUGAAAUGAUCACCAGACGAGCCUUGUUCCCUGGCGACUCAGAGAUCGAUCAGUUAUUCAGAAUCUUCCGCACCUUGGGUACGCCAGAUGAGAAUGUCUGGCCAGGAGUUACAUCCAUGCCUGACUACAAACCGUCCUUCCCAAAGUGGGCCCUGCAGGAUUUAUCCAAAGUGGUGCCUCUUCUUGACGAGGAUGGAAGAGAACUGCUUGGGGAAAUGCUGAAAUACGAUCCAAACAAAAGGUUAUCAGCCAAAAAUGCCCUUGUGCAUCGAUUCUUCCGAGACGUCACCAUGCCGGUUCCUCAUCUGAGACUCUAAUGGCAACUGUGUUAAGGCAAUAAGGACCUCCUCACCUUGUGCUGAGUCUACUCUGAAAAGGACAGAAAAAUUGGACACUACAGGAUGUCCUGUCCGGUGAAUGAUAUCUGUUUAUUCCCAAAACCAGCAUUCAAAACCGUAUGUGUCCUCACAGUUGUGAUGUUUUCUCAACAGCGAUGUUAUCAUAGAUAUAAACGUUGAACUGUAAUUUUCAAUAUCAUUAUUUUCAUAUUUAUGUUCUACUGAUGUUUGUAAAGUUUAAUUGGGAUUGUCUUGUGUCUGAGUGCAGGUCAGACAGAGACUUUUAGUUUAGCUUUAGGCCAUUAAAUUCCCCAAUUUAAAGGGUGGUGGCUUUAGGAUGUCCACAUUGAAAUGAUGAAGUAGUCAGAGUUAAAUAUGACUGAAGAAGUUUGUGGGAUAGUGCAAAUGAUUAAUGUCACACUUUGUUAGAUUGUGCAGCAGCUGCAGAAGAAGAUAGUGAGUGAGUACUCUCAUUACAAGCUGUCACACAACCGUUACUCAAUGUGAGAAGUUAGUGUUAGAAGAAGACCAGAUUAAAGUGGUGUUCUCUUCAGUUCAUUCUCCCUCAGUUAGAUUUAAAGUCAAGAUCUAAAGGACCUUAAAAGGAUCUUGAGGAGUUUUAAAACAGCACCUUUGUUUAUUACUCAAAACUUUUAUAAGUAAUUCAGAUUUUCUGUCAGGGUUCCUCAGCAAAUUGAUGUUCUCAGAUUUGUACAUAGUUAUUUGCAAAUGUUCCCUGUUGUGAUUCAGAUUUUACAGAAUUCAAUGUGCUUUUGCAUCUUUCCUACUUCAGAUUUUAUUCAAACUAAUGAACUGUUUUUAUUGAUAUUGUUUGUUUUACAGUUUGAAAAAAUAAACCUGUUUUAAUUACUG